UUUAAAUAUGUGACGAUAUAUAUAGGCACAUAUACAUGUAUAUCAUGAUUUCUGUUCAAUUUGCAUGAUUUAUUUGGUAUAAUUCGAGAAGUAGGGGUGGUCAGGGAAGAUCUUGAUUGCUUGAAUCUCUAAUGGAACAGCUCAUCAACUUCAUUAUAAGACCGCCCAGAGCUGAAUACAAUCCAAAAAAUGAUUUGUUAGAUGAAGAAUUUUUGCUAAAGGGGAAGUGGUACCAGAGGAAAGAUUUGGAGGUUAAAAACAGUCGAGGAGAUGUUCUGCUAUGUAGCCAUUACAUGCCCGUUGUCCCUCCCGAAGGAAAGACACUGCCCUGUGUAAUCUACUGUCAUGGAAAUAGUGGAUGCCGUACAGAUGCCAGUGAAGCUGCUGUUAUAUUGUUGCCAUCGAACAUCACGGUUUUUACUCUCGACUUCUCUGGUUCUGGACUAUCAGGCGGAGAGCAUGUUACUUUGGGUUGGAAUGAGAAAGAUGAUCUCAAAGCUGUGGUUAAUUAUCUACGUGAAGAUGGAAAUGUUUCUUUAAUUGGAUUGUGGGGCCGCUCCAUGGGUGCUGUUACUAGCUUGAUGUAUGGAGCUGAGGAUCCUUCAAUUGCAGGAAUGGUUUUGGAUAGCCCCUUUUCUGAUUUGGUUGAUUUGAUGAUGGAACUGGUUGAUACAUACAAAGUUCGGCUCCCCAAAUUCACUGUUAAGUUUGCCAUCCAGUAUAUGAGAAAAGCUAUCCAAAAGAAGGCAAAAUUUGACAUUAUGGAGCUGAACACAAUUAAGGUUGCAAAAUCUUCCUUUGUCCCAGUUCUGUUUGGCCAUGCCAUCGAAGAUGAUUUUAUACAACCCCAUCACUCUGAUCGUGUUUUCGAUGCUUAUGUGGGAGACAAGAAUAUUAUAAAGUUCGAGGGGGAUCACAACUCUCCCCGCCCUCAGUUUUAUUUUGAUUCUAUAAGUAUUUUUUUCAACAAUGUAUUACAACCACCCGAGGAUGAAGGAGGAAGUACCUACUUCGACUUGAGUAACGACUAUUAUCCCAGGGGUAGAUGGAGCACAGUCCAGGAUUUGGAGCUUUCAGAUGAAUUAUCGGGUUCACCUUCUGGUCCGCCAGCUACUAGCACCGAGGAUGCCAUCAGGCAACUUCGCUCCAGGAGGCCCAUGAGUGCAACUGUGGUUCCGGCAGAUAUCUCGUCCAAAGAUAAUCAACCUGACUCUGAGGUGGAGAGUCGGAGCUCCGAUGCUCAGCCAUCGACUUCUAACAUGAUAAGCCUUGAAUUCUCGAGAGAUAGUCCUCAUGGCUCGCUUGGGCCUGGAUCAGUAGACGACGACGAAUAUGUCGAGUACUCUCUUGAUAUGUUGGCAGAAUUUCCAAGCAAUGUUGAAGAAGAAGAAAGGAUGUUGAUGGUGGCCAUAUUCGAGUCGUUGAAGGACUCAAAGGAACCGUCAUCGGGUGUUGGUGGCAGUUCUCUCCCUAACCCAGAACCGGCACCAAAAGACGAAGCAGAAGGCACAAUCUUACAACCAGAGACUUCUUCUCAAAAUCCGCCAUCUUCCGAAGCGGAACAUUCUAAAACUUGCUCUCCUAGUGAUGACACGCCAAAGGCUGACACAAGUACAGUAACCAAUGCGGGUGCCCCACAUCCCAAGCAAGAAGAAACGACGACUCAGAUUGAUGCACCGUCGGAUAAUCGCAGGCCGUCUGAUGUUGAUAUGGCUGACCGGACGAAAGUCACCGUAGAGGUCGAGAAAAACCAGACUGCGAAUAUCAUAGACGGUUUGUUGCGUCGCUGGGAUAUCUUCAGAAACAGAUGAUUCAUAGUUUAGCAUUUGAAGUAAAACUGCACAAAGUUACCACUCUGAAAUGUGAUGAUAAAAAUGGUGUCAUUUGUUGUAUCUAUUGGUUGAAUAUUCUUUCAAAGUCUUUGUACAGAUGAUGCAAAUUUGUUUAA